CUCUACCAUGUUUUAUGUCGGAGAAAUUUCCAAUAACUCCAAACCUUCACUGUCACUAUGUUAACAUUAUUAUCUGCUAUCAAAUACUAAUCCAUAAAUCUGACAAACCUUAAAAAAAUGACCAAAAUUAAUGAAUGGUUUAUAACUAACCCAACCUUAUUAUAUAUCAAAUCCUAUUUACAUUAACCAUAUCCUUCUUUGUCCUUCCAAUCAAUUCCUUAUCAAAAUCAAGAGAUAUCGAUAUCACUCUCUGUCAGUGUCAUGUCUACUCCUUACAACACCAUUGUCCUUCCUUCAUUAGAGAGUGCAAUGGUAGAAAACUGAGACACUGAUCAAGCAGAAGAAGAACAACAACAAAAUGCAGCUCAAAACUCAGUCUUUCAUCUUCUUCUUCUUCUGUUGCCUUUGUUGUGCUGGUGCAGCAGCAGAUAAUGAAGCAUUUGCUUUACUUUCUAUAAAAGCAGGUCUCAUUGAUCCAUUGAAUAGCCUACAUGAUUGGAAGGAUGGAGGUGCAGCUCAAGCUCAUUGUAACUGGACUGGUGUCCAGUGCAACUCAGCUGGAGCUGUAGAGAAGCUUAAUCUCUCACACAUGAAUCUGAGUGGAAGUGUCUCAAAUGAGAUACAAAGUUUAAAAAGUCUAACUUUUUUAAACUUGUGCUGCAAUGGAUUUGAGUCAUCACUUUCAAAACACAUAACCAACCUCACCUCACUAAAGAGUCUCGAUGUAAGCCAGAAUUUCUUCACCGGCGGCUUUCCAUUAGGCCUUGGAAAGGCAUCGGAACUUCUUACCUUGAAUGCAUCAAGCAACAAUUUCUCAGGUUUUCUUCCUGAGGACCUUGGAAAUAUCUCUUCCUUAGAGACACUUGAUCUUAGAGGCAGCUUCUUUGAAGGGUCUAUUCCAAAAUCUAUCAGUAAUUUGAGUAAUCUGAAGUACCUCGGUCUAUCUGGGAAUAAUCUCACCGGGAAAAUCCCGGCUGAGAUUGGUAAACUUUCGUCGCUGGAGUAUAUGAUCAUCGGUUAUAACGAAUUUGAAGGUGGAAUUCCGAAAGAGUUCGGAAAUUUAACCAAGCUGAAGUAUCUUGAUUUAGCAGAAGGCAAUGUUGGUGGUGAAAUUCCUGAUGAGUUGGGAAAACUCAAGUUAUUGAACACAGUUUUCUUAUACAAGAACAGUUUUGAAGGCAAGAUUCCAACAAAUAUUGGAAACAUGACUUCAUUGGUGCUGCUUGAUCUCUCAGACAACAUGUUAUCAGGAAAUAUUCCAGCUGAAAUAAGUCAGCUAAAGAAUUUGCAGCUUCUGAACUUUAUGAGGAACAAGCUAUCUGGUCCUGUACCUUCUGGCCUUGGAGAUUUGCCUCAACUAGAGGUGCUUGAGCUAUGGAACAAUUCUUUGUCAGGGCCAUUGCCUAGAGACCUCGGCAAGAAUUCGCCGCUGCAGUGGUUGGAUGUAUCGUCCAAUUCACUCUCCGGCGAGAUUCCUGAAACUCUUUGCACUAAGGGAAAUCUCACCAAGCUUAUACUUUUCAACAAUGCCUUCAAGGGUCCGAUUCCAACAAGCCUAUCCAAAUGUCCUUCACUCGUUCGUGUUCGGAUUCAAAACAAUUUUUUUUCUGGUACAAUUCCUGUUGGUUUUGGUAAGCUUGAGAAGCUUCAGAGGCUAGAAUUGGCUAACAAUAGUCUCACUGGUGGAAUUCCUGAGGACAUUGCUUCUUCCACAUCUCUUUCGUUCAUUGAUUUCUCCAGAAACAACCUCCACUCUUCUCUUCCUUCCACCAUUAUUUCCAUUUCAAAUCUGCAGACGUUCAUCGUCUCUGAAAACAACCUGGAAGGGGAUAUUCCAGAUCAAUUCCAAGACUGUCCCUCACUUGGAGUUUUGGAUCUCUCAUCAAACUUUUUCUCUGGAGUCAUUCCAGAAAGCAUUGCUUCGUGUCAGAAAUUGGUAAAAUUGAGCCUGCAAAACAACCUUUUGACGGGCGGCAUUCCGAAAGCUAUAGCAAGCAUGCCUACAUUGUCCAUUCUUGAUCUUGCUAAUAACUCUCUAACUGGUCAAAUACCUAAUAACUUUGGUAUGUCUCCAGCUCUGGAAACAUUCAAUGUCUCAUACAACAAGUUAGAAGGUCCUGUCCCGGAAAAUGGCAUGCUGAGAGCAAUAAAUCCAAAUGAUCUUGUGGGAAAUGCUGGCCUUUGCGGUGGUUUCUUCCCUCCGUGUGCGAAAACCUCAGCAUAUACAAUGAGGCACGGAAGCUCACACACAAAGCACAUUAUUGUAGGAUGGAUAAUUGGAAUAUCAUCCAUCUUAGCCAUUGGAGUUGCUGCUUUGGUAGCAAGAUCCAUAUACAUGAAGUGGUACACUGAAGGAUUGUGCUUCCGAGGAAGAUUUUAUGGAGGUCGCAAGGGAUGGCCUUGGAGAUUGAUGGCAUUUCAGAGACUCGAUUUUACAAGUACUGAUAUCUUAUCCUGCAUCAAGGAAACAAAUGUGAUAGGCAUGGGAGGGACCGGCGUUGUUUAUAAGGCUGAGAUAGCGCAAUCAAGUACAGUUGUGGCAGUCAAAAAAUUAUGGAGAACAGAAUCUGAUAUCGAAGUAGGAAGUGGUGAUGAUCUUGUUGGAGAGGUGAAUCUUUUAGGGAGGCUAAGGCAUAGGAACAUUGUUAGACUACUAGGGUUUCUUUAUAAUGACACUGAUGUGAUGAUAGUUUAUGAAUUUAUGGUCAAUGGAAACCUUGGAGAUGCCAUGCAUGGUAAACAAUCAGAGAGAUUGCUUGUAGACUGGGUUUCGCGGUAUAACAUAGCUCUAGGAAUCGCACAAGGACUCGCUUAUCUUCAUCAUGACUGUCAUCCACCUGUUAUCCAUCGAGAUAUCAAGUCGAAUAAUAUACUUCUUGACGCAAAUCUUGAGGCAAGGAUAGCAGAUUUCGGAUUAGCCAAGAUGAUGGUUCGGAAGAAUGAAACAGUCUCCAUGAUUGCCGGAUCCUAUGGAUACAUUGCCCCUGAAUAUGGAUACUCCUUGAAGGUAGAUGAAAAGAUUGACAUUUACAGCUUUGGAAUAGUUCUUUUGGAGCUUAUUACAGGAAAGCGGCCUAUAGAUCCGGACUUUGGAGAGUCUGUAGACAUUGUAGGGUGGAUUAGAAGGAAGAUAGACAAAAAUUCUCCAGAAGAGGCGUUAGAUCCAAGUGUAGGAAACUGUAAGCAUGUUCAAGAAGAGAUGCUUUUAGUUCUCAGAAUAGCACUUCUUUGCACUGCUAAGCUACCUAAGGAAAGACCCUCCAUGAGGGAUGUUAUAAUGAUGCUAGGAGAGGCAAAACCAAGGAGAAAAGGUGGCAAGAAAAAUGAAACAUUAACUGCUAACAAAGAGAAUGUAACUAGCACAUCACCAGUUAAUGGCCUUCUUUAGGAACUAAAAAUUGAGUUUUUCCAACCCAGCAACUCAAAUCUUCCAUUGUACUUGUUAAUUUCCUGUAAUUUUGUAAUCAAUUUAGCUGCUUACAUUUACUUUCAAAAUUUGUAUAUCAAGAUGGAUUAAUGUUUGCAAAUAAUUGUAUGUAUCAUGAUUUUGGCGCCAGGCGGCAUAUAUUUAAGCCAGAAAACCAAAUAAAA